AUGAUACAAUGGAAGAUUGGUGAUACCAGUCUGGAAAAAUAGUAAUUUUUAUUUUGUGUUGAAAUUUUCUAUAAGCAGGAGGACCUCUGUGUGGAAACAUGGCUCUUACAUCCACCAGCAAUGAAUCGGCUGACGCCAACGCCAAGGCUCUUGACAGAUUGAACCACCUGAAGGAGCAAAUAGGCACCGAAACUACAAAUUUUCAAGUACUUAUCCCUGAUUCGACUUCCCAACACUUUAUCUUAGGUCCUGCUCUGAAAUCCACAAAAAGGUUACCUGAUUGUUAUAAUAGUGAGUUUCCUAAGCGGAAAACUGAAGAGUUUCUUCUAAACAAUCAAAAUGCCAAAUUCUACGAAAGGUUUUAUGAACACCGUGGUUUGUGGCCUACUAACGACCCUAAUUGGGUCCCUUGGUUUGAAAGAGUCGAAGAUCAAAAAGGCUAUAUUUGGCAUAAAGCGGGAAUAUAUGAUAUUCUCCAAUUCUCUAAGUUUGCCAUUCCUUUCAAUCGUUCUUUAGUACUUGCUGCACUCUGCUUUUGGUCAACUUCCACAAACUCUUUUCAUCUUCGUCAUGGUCCCCUUACUAUUACUCUGUUAGAUCUUAGUGCUCUGCUAGGACUUAGACCAGAUGGUCCCCAGUUUGAUGCUCUCGUUGCUAAUUCCAUCUCCAUUCCGGAUGAUAACUUUGGCAUUCGAAUUACAAAGAACUCCUCCUUUUCUUCCUUUAUUAAAGAACAUAACAAAAUUGAGGGCCUUGUGACAGAUGAAGAGCAUGUGGCAUUUCUUCACUACUGGCUUUGUCGUUACCUCCUUUGUUCUCGUUCGUUCAAGAUUGUUACAUCCAAUUUACCCUUGGCUGUGGCUUUAUCUAGGGGUGAGCCGUACGCUUUAGGACCCCUUGUUCUUGCUUACUUGUAUAGAGGGAUAAAGGACUUGCUUGAUUCAGAGUUGGGUGCUGCUGGUGGUCCAAUUUGGAUUCUUCAACUUUGGCUUCACACAUACUUUCCUAAAGUACGUCCCAGUUGCUUUUCAGUACCCAACCUCACUUGUGAAGGACUGAAAUAUGUAUUUUUCGAAGGACCCGAGUUUUCCUUUCACGAUUGUUUAUUGUACCUGAGCCACUUAGACACAGAAGAGAACUUUAACUUCAUGCCAUAUUCAAAGUCAGAUGCGUUGCCUCGAUGGUUGAUCUUUCCUCGGUCUGAAAUGACCAAAACUGGAAUUUCUACAAUCCUGGACAUGUGGGCAAGCUUUCUGGUUAGCCGUGAUCUUCCUGGUUGUAUCACUUGUGGAAAAUCUGGAAAAAAAAUUUGUGGUGUGGAAGCAUAUUGCCCAAAUCUCUGUGCCCGUCAGUUCGGCUUGAUUCAGGACGUUCCUGCUCCCCCUUUCUUUUCUUUCAAUACCGACUUUUCUGAGAGGACAGUGUUUCAAAGUUCCGAACAAUUCCAGGAGCUUGAGGCUACCGCAUCUCACUUGUUCAAGAAACUUAAAUUUGUUCCAUUUUCACUUCUACCUAGAGCCACCUCAUCGUUCAAAGGCUGGUGGGCAAAAUACUAUGAGGAAGUGUUUCCUCGUGAUCAAGAUUUAAUCCAUCUUUUCAAGCUUCAAGACUUGGACCAGAACAGACCACUUCCUCCCCUUAAGGCAAAUGAUGCUUUGAAGAAGCGUAAAGAGUCAACCCUUAUACAAACUGAACGCCCCUGUUCUGACCGACUGCAAGUACACCCACCAGAAAAAAGAAUCAAAUGUGUGGCUCCGCAAGUUGAGGAUGGAGAAGAAGCAAAUCCUCUGCCUACUUUUCAAUGCCUGAGUGGACGAGGGAGAGCUCAUUGUAAGAAAAGAACGACCAAAAAAGCAUUUCCGUUUUGGAGAAGUAUAAUAAAGGGGAAGUAUCUAUCUCAUGCCAACCCAACUGAGGCAAAGGUUUUGGCAAGCCAAGGAACCACUCAUCGAUCCAAAAAUGAAUCCGAGAUUAGACGAGGCAAAAGUUUUGGAAAGACAAGGAUAACCAAAGAAGAAGUGCACCGGCUUUUGAUUAAUCUAACAAAGUCCGAUUCUGAAUUCUAUUCUCAGGCUAAGGAAGCCAUCUAUGAGAAAAGCACGAGUCCUCCUCUGUCAAAAAGACAACAAUCUGAUCUAGAUAUGCAACACAUUGCUGAAGUAACUGAACAUAACAGUAUUCCUAAGCUGGAAGAUGUGCCACCUACUGAGGUUGCGGAUGCUUCAAAUGCGAAGCUUCCUAGUCAAAUUUCAUCUCCUCCCAGUGAAGAAUCAGCUGAAUCUCGGCCUCCUCAAGUAGCUCAAUCCCCGCUUCAAGCAGUGUCAUCGCAUCCAAAUACUAUAAGUAAAGAAAGUGGUUCCUACCGCUCCCAUUUUCAUGACAAUCUUGAUGUCAAGAUGUCAAAGCCCCUGCAUUCUGCCCGAGCUUUGGACUUUCUGGAUACUUAUCUCCAUCAUCAUCCAGAUGCUUGUCUCUUGGCUAUAACUGAAGAUGCUCCCAUUCCUGAUUCCUAUGAGAUUUCUCAAGCCAAGGCCAAGAUCCAAAGUAUCACCGCACUCUCUAUGGAUGAAGUCAUGGAAAUUGAAUGUUUACGGAACCUGAAGUUGUCAUUGGAAAUCUUGCUAAACGCCUAUGACCGAACUGGAGUUGAGUAUGCGAACAUUGAAAAUGUCCAGGUGAAGCUUGCUGCUGUGAAGUCCAAGUACCACAAGGCCAAUGGAACCGUAGCUGAAGUGAGAAAAAAAUUUAAUCAGAAGAUAGCACUGGAACAAGAAGUAGAAGUCUAUAAUCGCCUUUUUUCAAAAGCUCAAGCGGAUGAAGAAAAGUUGCAAGCUUGCAUCAUUGUACAAAAAUCAAGGGUUGAAGAGCUGGAGAAAAAAUUGGUUGAAGAAAAAGGUAAUUUGGAGAAAUUGGAGGAGUUAAAUUCCAACCACAAAACCGAAAUGGAUGAGUUCCGUUGCAAGCUUGAGCACAGCCAGAAGCUGCUUCUGGAUCAUUGUAUGCAUGAUAAAACUUGGGUGAAGAAAGCAAUGCAGGCCAAAAACGAUUUUAAAUCGAUGGAAGCAACUUGGGUUCAGAUCCAAAAAUUGCUUUCCUUGAUUAGUGUCCAGAAAACGGGGGAAGUACAGCGAUCAUUGCAGUAGAGGUAAUACGUGAACCGAGUUUGACUGUUGCGUUGCUUGCAAGAACAUCAUUUUAUCUUGGAAUAGACAACCACCGUAAGCCCAUUUUGUACAAUUUACUUGAGUGGUGUCAAAACUCUUAUUCAAGUUUGUCAUGCCAUCCUACUCUAACGAAGCCAGAGACACGCAUUUUAAUUGUAAACCUCGUCCUUGGGUCACAAGUCAAAUGCGCAUCCAAGAUCGCACGUCACCUGUAACAUCUGAAAUAAUCACCAAAUCCAACAAUUUUCUCCGCACACGAAAAAUCCAUCACAGUCCACAAAGUUCACAAUCAGAUUGAUUUUCUUGAGAGCCCAAAAGAAAACAAUCUAGCACAAAUAUAAAGUGAAUACCAUCUUUUCCCAUUACAAUUUUCAACACAGGUGUGUUUGCUUCUUAUUGUACAACUGGAACAACGGUUAUUAUCUUUGCUUCCGAGAGCAAGCCAUGUUUAAGAUCGUCUCUCGUUCUUUUCUUGCCACCACUCAAGGAACUUGGUUUGUGCAGCCAAGGCGUCGAACCUGUAAAGUUGCAGCCAGUGAUUUGCAACUUCCUGUCCAAA